AUGAUUUCCAAAUUCGCGCGAACUUUUGUCAUCCUCGUCAUUGUCCUUUUUGCCCUGGCAAUGUUGGGCUUUUUCCAUGCGCCUACGCGAUCUUAUGUGGAUCCUUGGACCGACCAACUCUUCGGCGAAGUACAACCAGGAACAGAUUCUUACAAUGUGCCUCAAGGCCUGAAGACUGCGCUGAACAUUCCAAGUAGCGCAAUCGAAGGAGGGGUGAUCAUGGAAAAGUUGGGAAAUGAAACAGCGAAGGCUGCACUCGGUCGGGCGACAUGGAAACUCUUGCACGUCCAACCUUCGCAUACCAUGACCUUGCGUUAUCCAGAGGCCCCCACGAAUGAUGAGCGGGACGCGUUAAACUCGUACUUUCACUUACUUUCUCGACUGUACCCCUGCGGCGAAUGUGCAACAGAAUUCCAAGCCCUUCUCAAGAAGUUCCCGCCUCAGACAUCCUCUCGUCGAGCCGCUUCACUAUGGUUAUGUGCUGUCCAUAAUGAAGUAAAUCACCGGCUUCAUAAGCCUGAGUUUGACUGCGCGCAUCUAGACGACGAGUAUGAUUGUGGAUGCGGUGAUGCGCCAAUAAAUGGUGUCGCAACUAACGAAGUCGACCCCAUGGACCUUGAGGCUGAUCCCAGUAAGGAUGAAGUGACGGGUGCCAAUUUGAUCAAGGGUGGGCGUUGA